GUUAUAUCAGAGCCACUGGUGGACCUCUGCUACCAGUUCUUAUAGGAUAGGGGUUAUAGAAGGUUACGCAACACAGUUCUGAGACCGCCUUCGUUUCAAGGAUGAGGGGUGUUUUCGGAAUAGUUCUGGUGGUGUCAUGGGCUGUGUGUAUUCAAGCACAGUUGGCAGUUUUUCCCGUGUUCCGUCCUGGAUUUGGUGACAAAAAUGAUCCAGUUGUCAGAGAGCAGUUUCUAGGAAGCUGUGCGAACGCCUGUCAAGGGAAAAGGGGCUUCAUCGUAAAAUGUGCGUACAACCACCCCUACGCCUGCAACCUGUACGUUGAGUGCCUACGUUUUGGUGGUCUCUGGGUCGUGUAUGGGCGAAUAGCUCCGGAUGGGAACGUAUUUGACGAGCGGGAUCAACGCCUCAAGAACAUUCUGCCCAGUGGAAUACCAGAUCUGUCCUUCUGCAUCCGAGUUGGCCAUCCAUGUGAAACUCGCCGUCGUGUACCCAUCGACGCCACCCAGUGUGGGGGGUACAUGGAAUGCGUGAACAACACCAUGGUUUCUAAACCGUGUAGGGAGGGGCUGGCUUCACUGCCUGGACGGGGGACUGCGACCUCGUCUGCGACAAGAACCAGAGGAGAUUGUUGAACCGGACGUGUGGUCCAUCUACCCAAGGCAGAAGCUUCUUCCAGAUUAACGAAACGGUCACCUAUGGCAAUGGUCUUCCGACCAUAGAGAAAGUCGAUACAACAUGUCCAGCCGCUACGUCUUAUCAGGUCGAUGGCAAAUGUGGCUGUGAUCAUAGCAACGAGACAGCUAAAGGCUGUGAGACAACAACGGCCCUUCAUCUGGCUUCAAUUGACAAUUCCUGGGACCUUGCGAGGAACGACACCCCUGUGAUGGGCAGCAGCACCAUCGACGGCAACGCCAUCGUCAGACCCAACCAGUCUGCUUUCUUCUCAGGAGGGCAGAGUUUUGUCGCACCAGGUUUAAACGGAAAUGACCUUGGUCUCUAUUUUGACCUGGCCUUCACCUUCCAAGCAGUACAAUCAGACAACUCGACACCCGGUGUUCUUGUCCCUAGGGGAACAAACGGACCACUAUUGAUUGCCCUGAUCGAUAACAGCGCCAAUAACCAGGAGGCCACCUAUGGCUGCAGACUUAUAGUUACACGAACAAAUUUCGGCCAGGUGGAAUGCUAUGUUUCACCGAGUAAAGCUUCUGAUUUGGACGAAAACAACGAUAAAACAGAAUCAAGUCCAGAAGUGGAUCUCCGAGGCAGAGUGACCGUUCUGUUCGCGAAGGACAACACUAAAGGCAAGCUGACUGUCACAGCUGAAGGCUCCGAAGAAAAGACAACUGACAUUUCAUUCUUACCAGGUGUCCGGGCAUUUGGGAACGGUUCUCCUAUGGCGAUAGCUUCGGGAACAGGCAAGACGGACUUCACUGGUUUCAUGGACAAUGUGGACUUGAAGAAGUACUGCAGCUCGUUCAUGUGAAACUGUAGGGCAGAAGUUUUCGGCACGAACUUUGCAUAAUAACUACCUUGACAGGCCUGACCGAUAGGAUGCCAAGUCGUGUCAUGUCAUGUCAUGUCAUGUCAUGACGCAGCAGGGAUUCCAGGUCUAUCGGUGCAUUUAUUCUUCUGUCCAGAGUUUCCAACUUGACUAUACAUACAUUCAGACUGAUAAAACAUGUUAUUUUCA